UAGCUACAGAGAGAAAAAUCAGAAAUCCAUUUAAACGUUUCGAUCUUCAUCCUGACUCAUUUACCCAGACUGUUGGUUUGAUGUUUCGCAGUUUUACAAUGAUAUGGAUUCCUUCCAUCCUUCUCAUCUGUUGUAUGAGGCUCGUGGAAUCCAGCCGCUGCCCUCAAACCUGUAUUUGUGACAACAUCAGAUCUUCUGUGAUCUGUACCAACAAAAACUUGACCAAAGUUCCGGCUUCCAUUCCCCAGUUUACAAAAAAACUGGAUCUCCGAUCAAAUGACCUCAAGUUAAUUCCUGGAGCAACCUUUGCCUUUAUUCCUUAUUUGACAUACCUCAAUCUUCAGAAAUGCAAUAUUGAGAUGAUACAGGAAGGAGCCUUUCGUGGUCUUGGACGUCUGGUUUAUCUUAAUCUUGGCUUCAACCAUAUCAGAUUUAUCUACCAGGAAUCCUUUGAUGGAUUAUCAUCUCUCCAACAUCUAAUCCUGGAGAAGAACCAGCUAGAAGAGAUCAAUCCUGGUGCCUUCAGCCAACUGGGCUUCCUAAACUUUUUAAAUCUCAGAGAUAACUUUUUGGUAUACCUAGCAGAUAUGCUGUUUCAAGGACUGCAACAGGUCAAGUGGAUAAGCUUGUCGAACAACAUGAUAAAUGUUCUAGCUAAUGAGGCCUUUGCAGGGUUGCCAAAUCUACGAAGACUGAGCCUUGACCAUAAUGAACUUCAAUAUCUACCAGGAGAAGCCUUUUCACGCAUGUCAGGACUCCUUAAGCUGGAAUUAGGUUGGAAUCCAAUUACUUUUCUUGGAGAAGAAGCUGUUCAUAUGACAUCUCUCAAGCAACUCUUUCUCAACAACAUGGCUUUACAAGAUGUAUCUUUCAAAGCCUUUGAAAGAAGUCCACAAUUGUCCCUUAUUGACCUCAGUAAUAACCAAUUAAGAACAAUACAAGUACUGACAGGUAUGGAAAAGCUAAAUUAUUUAAAUAUGACAGGAAAUACUAUACGUUGUGAUUGCUAUUUAAGUCCAUUCAAAGAGUGGGCUGACCAGUUAAGACUGAAAGUCGAUCUCACGUGCUUUGGCCCUGGACACAUUCAUGGUGAUCACCUAGAUUCUCUGAGAGCCAAAGAUUUGAAAUGUGAUGGCCAUAAUGUGGAAGAGGAUUAUAUAAUUUCGGUACCACAGGAGAAAAACCAAAGUUUGUGCCCAGAAAGCUGCGAUUGUAAAACCGAUGUCAAACACGCCACUUGUGACAAUAAAGGACUGCAGGAGAUACCAAGGGGAUUUCCUGAUGAGACCAUACUUUUAGACCUACACAAGAAUUUCUUUAACUCUGUUCCAAGGCACAUUUUUUCGAACAUGAAAAAUGUAAUAUCUCUUCAUCUUCAGAACUGCCAGAUCAGAGAGCUGAAACUUGGGGCACUAUCAGGAAUGAAAAGUUUGGUGUACCUCUAUUUAUCCAAUAAUCUUGUUUCUGGUAUCAACCAGGCAGUCUUUCAAGACACUCCUAACCUAGGCUAUCUAUACCUAGACCAUAACAGGUUCAGUAAGAUACCCACAGGGACCUUUAGAUACCUUCCCAAUCUGUUCUCCCUUCAUAUGCAGCAUAAUUCCAUCGCCACGCUCACUAACAAUAACAUGUAUGGAGCAAAAAAGUUACACUGGGUCUACUUAACAGGAAACAAUAUCAGCCAUAUUGCUCCAACAGCUUUUAGAAACAUUCAAAAUUUAAAGAAACUUCACUUGGAUGAUAAUCUGUUAACAAAAGUGCCUACUGAAGCCCUUAAAGGAAAUCCUUCAAUUGAAGAGUUAAAAUUGUCCAAUAAUCCAAUAAGAUAUAUAGGAAAUGGUGCAUUUUUACCCAUAUCUCGAUCUCUAAAACACCUGUAUCUAAAUAACAUGGGGCUGGAAAAGAUUUCGGGCGAUGGAUUUACGGGUCUUGGACGGGGCUUCAAAAGUCUUUAUCUGGAAAAUAAUAAACUGAAUAACCUUCCCAACAUGAAGAAUUUUAAUAGGCUGGAAGUCAUAAACUUGGCAAACAAUCCCUUCCAAUGUGAUUGUCAGCUUCUCGCUCUACAUAGGUGGAUUAACACUCUAAAUCUGAAGGUUGGGGCAACCUGUGCCAGUCCUGCCACUCUCAAGGGGCAGAAAGUCAGAAGUGCCUCAUUGCUUGCAUGCCCCAGCAAUACAAGAAUAAAUGAUGACCCAAGGUGACAAGACAGUACAUAUCACAGCUUUGUCAUAUGAAAGAAAAAGUGCCCCCUGCUGGACUAAAUGGAUGCAGUGAGGAAUACAGUAUUUACAGAAAUUGUCAUGUAGUACAAAUACAAGUUAAAAAAAAAUUGUUACAAAUCCCAUUAAAUGUAAUAAAGUAAUUUAAAAUGAUAUAUAUUUUAAAGGGA